AUGUCUGAUGGUCUUGAGAGCAAUAAAGGUCAAGUGAAAAUAAAAUUUAUCACUCGAGAAGAGGAUAGCUCACUUCAUGUAAGUCCAAACCCAUUAUUCGUUCCCGUCACUUUGAAGCGGUUUGGACUUUCAGAAAUUGUGAAUCAUCUUCUUGAAACAGAAAGUCCAAUUCCAUUUGAUUUCAUCAUUAAUGGUACUAUAUUGAAAGGAAGUUUGCAUGACUAUCUUUUGCAAAAUGGUCUUUCAUCCGAAGCUUUUAUGACAGUUGAAUAUACAAGAGCUUUAUUACCUCCUCGAUUCUUGGCUAGUUUCAGUAAUGAAGAUUGGAUUUCAUCGAUAGAUGCAUUGGGAACGAUGGCAACAGAUGGAGGCAAUGGUGAAGUAGUUACGGCCCCAAAAAUUUUGACAGGCUCCUACGAUGGUAUUGUUCGCAUUUACAAUCUGCAUGGUAAGGUUGAGACCCAACUCUCUGGACAUAGGCAGCCGGUUAAGGCAGUUAAGUUCAUCAGUCCAACAAAAUUUGUUAGCGCUGGUAUGGAUAGAGAGGUUCGCCUUUGGAAGGCUGGGACUGUGGGGGAAGAGGAUCUCGGAAAGGAAACACAAAAUGGAAAGACUAUUGCGCUUUUGAGUUAUCAUAAAUCGUCUAUUUCAUCAUUGGCCGUGAAUUUGUCUUCGUCGAGAAUUAUAUCUGGAUCGUAUGACAAUACAUUAGCAAUCUGGUCAACAAAGCCAAAGCAAAUGUCUACUUCUAAUCCAUUAGAAGAUUUGGACUCUAGGAAGGGAAAUAUGUCUUCGGCUUCUAGGAAAAGGUUAAAGUUGGCGGUGGGAGACUCGACAAUUAAAAGAAAAAGUCCUUUAGCUGUACUUGAAUCGCAUGUGAGGCCUGUCGAAGAUGUAAUUUUUGAUACGAACGAUGAUACAGUUGGAUAUUCCGUUUCCCAGGAUCACACCGUUAAAACUUGGGACUUUGUGACGGCUAAAUGUGUAGACACUAGAAGAACGAAUCAUCCAUUACUAUCUGUUACCGCUUUACCAAAUUUGCAUUUACUUGCCACUGGUUCCUCCGCAAGACAUAUAAAUUUGCACGACCCAAGAUCUUCUAAAAUUACAAACUCCAAAUUAGUCGGGCAUAGGAAUUUUGUCUGCUCUUUGAAGGUACCAUCAAAUAAUGAUUACAUGAUUCUUUCGGGAUCACAUGAUGGAACAGUCAAGGUUUGGGAUGUAAGAACUAACAGCGCAAUAUAUACCAUCACUAGAGAAUCUGAAGAUCCAGCUACAAAAGUAUUUGCCGUUGGUUGGGAGAAAGACAUAGGAAUUAUUAGUGGUGGAAAUGAUAAAAAGCUUCAAAUUAAUUCGGAGGCAGAAUUCAGAAAGUGA